AUGCCCAUUGCACGCUCCCAUUCUGAGAGUGUCAUUAUGGAUUUUUCAAAGAAGGAUGCUACGCGACUCGCCCAAACCUCUGCGUCAAACUCGGACAUCGAAGACGGAGUCAUCGCCACGACUUAUGAGGUCAAACGCGACCUUGGGCGUCGCCAUAUCAAUAUGAUUGCGAUAGCUGGAAUGAUUGGUACGGGACUAUUCUUGGCAUCCGGUCAGGCAAUCGCUACUGCCGGACCAGUCGGCGCUCUCCUCGCAUACCUAUGCAUGGGCUUGAUCGCUUGCGGUGUCGCUCUGUCUGCAGGAGAGAUGUCGGCUUUCAUGCCCGUUACCGGAGGUUUCGUUCGCCAUGCCACAAGAUUCGUGCAGCCUGCACUCGGCAUCGCCACAGGAUGGAACUUCUGGUACACCAUGGCAAUUACAGCGCCAGCUGAGCUCGCCGCUGCGGCAACUUUGAUCAACUUCUGGAACGACAGCAUUAACCCUGCCAUCUGGUACUCGGUUUUCAUCGUUAUUAUUGUGGUUAUUAAUUUCUGCGGCGUGAGGGUUUAUGGCGAGACCGAAGUCUUUUUUGCAGCUCUCAAGAUCCUUCUUAUUUUAGGUCUCAUUAUUGCCGGCCUAGUAGUUGACCUUGGAGGGUCUCCUAGUGGAGACCGAAUCGGCUUUCGAUACUGGAAGAACCCCGGUCCUUUCAAGGAAUACAUCGUUCCAGGUAACACUGGCAAAUUUCUUGGAUUUUGGAGCUCCUUGAUCUCUGCGGCUUACAGCUACGCCAAUAUCCAGGUGGUCGCCAUAGCUGGCGCCGAGACAAAAAACCCAAGAGUCAUCAUCCCAAACGCAAUACGUAUGACUUUCUGGCGGGUACUCAUCUUCUAUGUCGUCAGCAUCCUUAUUGUUGGCAUGCUUGUAUCGUCGGACGACCCGAACCUUGGUAUCUCUACUGGUGAUGCUCAGCAGAGUCCUUUCGUCAUCGCAUUUCAGCGCGCUGGUAUCAAUGUCUUGCCUUCGAUCAUCAACGCCAUAGUAUGCACUUCAGCCUUCAGCUGUGGCUCUGCAUGCGUCUUCCUUGCAUCACGUACCCUGUACGGUCUAGCAGAAGAUGGACAAGCUCCUCGAGUCCUGCUUCGCACCAACAGGUUUGGAACACCAUACUUGGCAAUAGGAGCUUCGCUCAUCUUCAUGCCACUUGUAUAUCUUAGUCUGGGAAGCAACUCUUCGGUAGUAUUUGGGUGGUUCGUCAACAUCACAACCAUCGCUGGACUUAUUGGGUGGCUUGUCAUCGAGAUCACUUACCUUCGGUUCUAUUACGCCUUGAAGGUCCAAGGUAUCAGCCGAGAUCGUCUCGCAUACAAGAGCCCCUUGCAACCAUAUCUCGCCUGGGUCACCGGAGGUGCGCUCGCCGUUGUCAUCUUGUUCUCAGGAUACAGCGUCUUCUUCCCAGGUCGAUGGAGCGUAGGCACCUUUCUCACGUAUUACAUCGAUAUUGCCAUCUUCGCCUUUCUGUGGGGUGCUGGCUUUUGCUACGCGAGGUCUGGAAUUAUUGCUCUGCAAGACGUUGACUUGUCAGAGAUCGCUGAUAUUGACCAUGAGAAGGCAGAGAUCUUGAACUCGGCGGAAGGAGACCUCUCGUGGUGGAGGAAGUGGAUCGUCUAG